GUUCCAGAUACAGCAGAUUUCUGCACUACUCAACACGGUGCAGCAGUUACUGGCCAACGAUGUCCGCAACGCAACAAGUACCACCUACUACACCUACUGCUAUACCACCUUUUCGACAAUUUCAUGAACAAGAAGAGGAAUGGCUCGAGUGGUUGUCCCAGUCUGAAGCCCACGUCAUCGCACACAAUGUACCAGACCCAGAAGACACGGCGGCCACAGCAGCUGCCAGAGGGUGUCAUCACGACACCGCGGGAGGACCCCAUGGAGACGGAGCCUUCGUCUGCUCCACCUCCUUCGCCUCCUUUCGUCCUACCGAUGCAGCUGGACCCGCCCACGCCUUCUUCAUCUGGUUCAUGGCAGCAGGAGGUGGACACGUACCCUUUUGGUCGUUUUCCGGGGGAUGUUUCCGCCCGAGAGCAGGCCGGAUGGCGGGGUGUGGUCGGAAGCGUGUCAUUCCCAGCAGCCACAGCUUCUGGCCCAGCGAUGCGCCCACACUCCUGCCUCUCCCGCCGUGUUCACACUCACUACACAACGACGGUCCGUCACUUUGCGGGAGAAUAAUGUUGUGGCGUAACCACAAGCGCCGGAACAAAUAUGAAGAAUGCAAGAGGAGACAAGGCUGUGAGACGACAUCGCCCAAUAGCGUGCUGACGUGGAUGUCACCAUGACAGGAGCGGCAUCUAGCUGAAGUGAAUAUAAGCACCGCUCUUGCCAGCCCACGCCGGACAUUAGUCGACAGUAUUCGCACAGGACUAGACGCACUCUAGCAGAGAACGCUACAAUAGCAGUUAUUAGUGAUCCACAACUGUGUGUCAAACUUGCAUGAACAUUGUUUAUA